CCGGAUGAAGAAAUCGCUGCAGUACCCCUGGAUGCUUGCUGUAAUCCCCGUAACUAACUUAAUACAAGCCAAUCCAAUCCGUACACAAACAAGCAGUCAUGGCGGAAGCGCAGAACGAUAUCGUGCUUUUGGAGCGUGUGUUCCUGCGAAUCGUGACCGCCGAGACGGACGAGCAAUUCGAGAGCAUACUGGGCAAAUUCCUGCUGCCAAUCUUGCUGAAGCUCUCGAGCACGCAGGAGGGAGUGCGCAAGAAGGUCAUGGAGGUGCUGGUGCACGUGAACAAGCGCCUCAAGUCACGGCCGCGCGUCCAGCUGCCCGUGGAGCCGCUGCUCCAGCAGUACAAGGACCCCAACUCCAGCUCCUUCGUCCUCAACUUCUCUAUGAUCUACCUGAAGCUGGGGUUCCCGCGGCUGGACAAGGCGCGGCAGGCCGAGCUGCUGCCCGACCUGCUGGCUUGCGUCGCCGGGAGGCCGCAGCAGCACCAGGACAGCCUGAUUCAGCUUGCGCUGGCGGCGAUCCCGCACGUGACGCUUCCGUCGAGCCCGGAGGCGCGAGCCAGCUGGCUGGGCCUUCCCGAAGGGUCGGACACCCUGGCACUCUUGCGGGAGCGUCUGCUGGACCUGCUGCUCUUGCCUUACUCCGGGGCGGACCCGUCCAUGACAGGAGGCACUGCCCCCGCCUGCCUCAGCAACCAAUCGCUGGCUCGCCUGCUUCCCGAGGGACCGCCCACGCCCGAGGAGCUGGAGAAGGCCAAGCUGGGCGCGCUCACGUUCGUGGCGUCCGGUGUCUUCCCCGAGCGCAGCAUCGUGGUUCACCUCUUGAUGGCUGCGGCCGACAGCCGGCACAGCGUUGCUAGUGCUGCUGAAAUGAAGCUGAAGGCACUUGGAAGCACCGUGGACUGGAACGAUCCCACGUUGGUGUCGCGUCUCUUCGGGUUGUUCCUCGGCACGUGUGCUCCGAAGGGUCAGGAUCUAGCAGCGAUUCCGGAGGACCAGCGUCGGAGCCCUGCCAACACACGGAUCCGUCUGAAGCUCUUCCCAAGCCUGCUGAAGUCGCGCGAGGCGGCGACUCAACUGCCACUCGCUCUCAUGGUCACCUUCAACGCCCUGUACAGCCCGAACAACACAAACGUCAAGCUGAAGGGGAUGGCGCUCCAGUUCGUGCAGUCAAUGUGUUUGCACAAUUCAGAACAGCAGCUGAGCCUCGUGGGCCGACAGCUGAUGACGUCUCUGCUGGCUCUAGCUCUGCCUCCCGAAGAGCUGGAUUCCAAGCUGCGGGUACUGGCGUGUGCUGCCUUGGGUCAGCUGGGACGCAAGCUGCCCCAUCUGGCUUCCAGCGACCUCAGCAUGCUGAGUGCGCUCUUCGAGGGUCUCGCCAAGGAGGAGGGAGAGGUGCGAAUGGCACUGCAGGAGGCGCUGUCAAUGCUGGCACCAGCCUUCCAGGCUGCGGACAGCGCCACCCAGGAUCUGGUGCUUGCCCUGGUUGCGGCCAACGUCGAGAGCCACAAUCCGGCCGUGCGACAGGCCGCGGUCGGCUAUGCGGCCACCGUCUUUGGGAUUCUGCACGUCCCGUCACGUUACCUGCUGCUCCUAGCUACUGGUGACAGCAAGGAGGAAAUCCGCAAGGAGGCGCUCAAGGCGCUGCAUCCGGCAGAAGGAGACGGCCCUCGCUACCCACCGUUUCCCAGCAUGCUGGAGUUUAUCAUAACCAAGGCUCAACCUGGUGCGGCGCCAAGCGUGCACAACCGUGACCGACCUUUCCCUGGCCUGCCAUGGAACCGGGUGCAGUAUGCCGAGGUUCUGCGGUACCUGAGAAGCUGCCUGCGGAGCGGCGCGGGACUGCCUCCUGCGGACUCCGAGACGGACCUGGGACGGGAGGGGGCACCCAAGGUGCUGCGCUACCUGCGCGCGCUUUUGGCCGGGUCGUCGCCGCUGCCGGGGCACUACGCCCGCCUCCUGGUCGGGUUCCUGCCCACUGCACCGGACGUAUCUCCCCUUUGUGCACUUCUGGAGCUGGUGGCGGCGGAGCCGAAGGAAUUCGCACCUCUUUUGGACAACCAGAAGACGGCACUCAAGAACCUGCUGUCGUUGUCCAAGGAGCAAGUGCGGGAGUGUGCCGCCCAACUGGUCGGGUUUCUGGUGGCCUCUCGCACCGGGGAAGCCUUCCUGGGGGACGUGGACGCACUCUGCGGCGACGCCAGGAGUGAGAAUCUGGAGCUUAAGCAAGGGGCCCUGCUGGCUCUUGGAUUCACGCUCGCUCGAAAGUACCGGCAUCGGAACCAGGACAACGUUGUUGACAGUCCUAGGAUGAAGGCAGCUGUGGAGGUGCUCUGCAGGCAGUUCUUGGAGGCAUCCAAGCUGCCCUUGGGUGCUGGCCUGCUGUCGUGCUGCAUCGCUCUCGGCGAGGUGGGUUGUGUGGCUACGCCCCCAUUUCCUGUCGGGGACUCGGAGGCCGAUACGCCGCCCGAGGACCCGGGCCUGACCCUGCUGGCCCUGGUUAGAGCCCUGGGCACCGUCCUGCACAACGCCAAGGCACCCGCCAAGGUACGCGAGGAGGCGGCACGCACCCUUGGUCUGCUGUGCUUGGGGCAGAACCACUUCCCCCAUGCCAGAACCGUCCUGAACAGCCUCGUGGAGUCCAGCAUGGAGAGUCCGGACAUGGAGGUGCACUUCACGGUGGGAGAGGCCAUCUGCUGCGCCCUGCUGGGUCCGACCUCUCCCCUGAGCCGGGACGCCUGGGCAACCGAGGAAGAGGACUUUGUGCCUCUGCCGAGCAGCUGUGCAAAUCUGGAGGAGAUGGCUUGGUUGGUCCCCGAGAUUCUAGACAAGUUCCUGUGCAACCCCAAACCUAGCGUUCGUCAGGCGGCCUGCAUCUGGACUUUGAGCUUGCUGAAGCGCUGCAGUCAUCAGCAGCCUGUGCUGGACAACCUGAAACGCAUCCAGAAUGCCUUGCUCAACCUCCUUGCUGAUCGGAGUGACAUGACGCAGAGCAUAGCGUCCAAGGGACUGAGCCUGCUCUACGAGCUGAGCGACGAAGAGAGCAGAGGGGAGCUGGUCUCGCUUCUCCUCGAAACGCUCACUUCCGGACGAAGGUCCACGGUUGCUGUCACUCAAGAUACGAGACUAUUUGAUGAAGGCACCCUGGGAAGCGCGCCUACCGGGGGUGGGCUCACGACUUACCGCGAGCUCUGUUCGCUGGCCACCGACCUGAACCAGCCGGAUCUCAUGUACAAGUUUAUGCACCUUGCCAACCACCAUGCCAUGUGGAACUCCAAGAAGGGGGCUGCGUUUGGGUUCGGCAGCAUCGCAGAACGGGCAGGAGAACAGCUCUCGGAGCGUCUGGGAGACAUUGUGCCAAAGCUGUACCGCUACCGGUACGACCCAAACCCCGGGGUGCGGGCCUCCUUCGGUUCCAUCUGGGCCUCGCUGGUCAAAGAGCCUCACAAGAUGGUGGACAAGUAUAUGAAGGAGAUUCUCCAGGAUAUUGUGCAGAACCUAACAAGCAACGAAUGGAGGGUGCGAGAGUCCAGCUGUUUGGCAUUGGCAGAUCUUCUGAGCGGGCGUCGGCUAGACGAAGUCUUGGAUCAUGUCUCGGCCCUGUGGAGCACCCUUUUUCGAGUCCGCGACGACAUCAAGGAGUCCGUGCGGAAGGCCUGCGACACGGCACUGCAAGCAUUGAGCCGGGCUUGCAUCCGGACGUGCGACGUGCAGACCGGCCACAGUGGGGAGAGGGCGCUUGAAGUGAUCCUGCCGUGCCUGGCUGAGGGACUGUCCAGUCCCGUUGCGGAAGUGCGCCAGUCCAGCCUGUCGACGCUUGUUCAGCUGAGCCGGGGUGCGGGAGUGCUGCUGAGACCUCAACUCCCACUGCUCUUCGGGGCAUUGCUAAACGCCCUCAGCGAACUUGAGCCCCAAGUCCUGAACCAGAUCAGUGUGCGAGCUGGUGCCGAUGUCAGGGACAAGCUUGAUGCUGCGCGCGUGGCGGCCACAAAGUCUACGCCAGCCAUGGAAACAAUCAAUCACUGCGUCCAGUUUGUGGAUGCUUCCGUCCUGACCGCCCUGGUUCCCCGCCUGGUGGAGCAAGCCAAGAGUUCGGUGGGUCUGGGCACGAGGGCGGGCUGUGCCCACCUGGCCGUGGCACUCACCCACCAGUGCCCUCUGGAGCUGCAGCCUCACGCAGGAAAGCUCCUACGUGCCUUUGUGCAUGGGCUGAGUGACCGAAAUGCCACCGUGCGUCGCUGUUGCGCCACAGCAGUGGGGAACCUGGCCAAGGUGGCGAAGGAGAGUGACGUCGACAGGCUCAUGGCCAAGCUUCGUUCCUGGUACAUGGAGACUGACGACGAAGCAGUCCAGUGGGCCUGUGCCCACACGAUGCAGUCCGUGGCCAGGCACGCCCCCGACGUACUGCGUGCCCACGCCACGGCCGCUUUACCGCUGGCAUUUUUCGCCAAGCACGCCAAGCCCCUGGAGGGAAAGACAGAAGAAGAGUCUCCUGCACCACUCUGGGACGAAGUCUGGGUCGAGUUCACUGCGGGGACCGAGUCCGGCCUGAAGCUGUACCUGUCCGAAGUGGUUGGGCUGAUCCAGCAGGGGCUGGAGUGCCCCUCGUGGCCCCUGCGGGCCCAGGCUGGGGUGACCGCCUGCGCCCUGGCUCAGACCCUGGGUCCCUUCCUGGACUGGGCCUGGACCGAGCUGCUGCUCACCGCCCUGCUGGCCGCCCUCUCGGGACGCACCUGGGCCGGCAAGGAGUCCCUUCUCAAGGCGUUGUCUGCUGUUGGCGUCAACUGCGUGGCAACAAACGGCGAUUCUGGGGAUAACCUGCCAAUGCGGAGUGCCUUUCUAAAUAAGGUUUCCGAGGCGCUCGUCCGAGAGUGCCGCAAAGAGAACCCCACCUACAAGGAGCAGGCUGUGUUGAGCCUGGCGCAGCUCGUGGAGAAGCACGAACUAGACUACUUUGCACCACUGCUCGAGAUCCUCGAGCCACAGCUCAGGAAGGCGGCCGACCGUAAGCGUUCGAGCGAGGACGACGACAGCGAAGGUCGCUGGGACUUGGAGUCUCAGCUGCGGUUCCAGUCCGUGGGCUUCGAAGCCCUCGGCCAGGCCUGGCCCAAGGAUCCCAUCACCCAGGAGAAAUACCAGGCGAGGCUAUGCGACCUGCUGCUCGCCAGCUUCCCGGCGAGCACGUGGAAGGUUCAGCUGUCCAUUCUGAAGGCUCUACGCAAGUUCCUCGUCAGGCUGUCGUGGCUCAGCCCCGAAAAGCGCACGGAGUACGACAGCGGCCUGACCUCGGUGACGAGCGGAAUCGUGGAUGUCGCCUGCCAAGCCUUGGAUAUGACCAAGUAUGCUGCGCUCUCCAGCGAGGCUCUCCUACUCAUGAAAGACCUACUGGAGAAGAUCAAAGCGGCAGAUGUAGUCUGGGUUCUGACGCCUUCGUCCGCAAACAAGCUGAAGAACUCCGUGGCAACCAUUGCAAAGAAGGACAACAACCUCGAACUGAAGAGCUUGGCACAGGACCUAGCAGACCUAGCAAUGAACACUUGUUGAACUGGCAGCGUAAUAUUUCUAACGAGUUUGCAAGCCCCCUCUGUGAUGGUAGAGAAAAAUGCCAAGUACAGGUUGACAAUUUAAAACCUCUUUAUACACGGUAUAUUACAUGAAUGUGCUUUGUCAUAUUAAAACAUGCAUGGUUCUAGAUGG